UCCCUUUUCCUUUCCACAUUCCUUCGCCCUCAUUCUUCUCAUCAACACAAACACAUCUUCCACCAUCAGCAGCCGAGGCAGCCGGUAAGACACAUUGGCCAGCAGGACUGUACUGCCGCAGCAGGAGUGUACACUGUAGAUGAUGGACUGGGCCCCUGUGGUGGUAGGGGUGGUGUUGUUCGUGGUGCUCUCGCCGGGGCUGCUGUUCGAGCUGCCGGGGACGUAUGGGAGGAUCGACUUCGGCGGCCUCCGCACCACGGGCAAGUCCAUCUUCGUCCACACCCUUGUCUUCUUCACCAUCUUCGCCGUCAUCAUCCUCGGGUUCGAAGUCCACAUCUACACCGGCGCCUAGCUAGCUGCAUAUGCAUUACAUGCCUGUGUGCCUUACCUAAUGAAGCACCUCUCGCCAACGUUGCCACUCCGAUCAGCAUGCGCCCUGUUUCAUAUGCGUGUGGUUAAUUGAUUAGUCAAGGUGGGCACGUACUACCUCCGAUCCAAAAUAGUUGCGCAGUUUCGAAUUAAGGUUAAUUCAAUCUUAAUUUAAACAUGUGACACUUAUUAUGAAUCAAAGUGAGUAGUUUAUUACUAUCUCUGUAACGUCUUAUAUUAAAUUACACAGAACGUGGAUACUGUAAAGUAGUUCAGCGAACUGCAUCUUAUUGUUCAGCCUGUACCAAGCAAUCAAAGUCUUAAUUAACAUACAGCUUCUCAUGACCUUUCGUUGGAUUCAUCAACAUCGGCAUAGUUUCGUUUCAUUUGGUCUUUUGUCAUAGGGUUUGUGGUACAUCAUGGACGAUCCAUUUUGAUGACCUCGGACUUUAUACUCCAUCCGUCCAAAAAAGCUUGUCCCUUAUAUGGAUGUAUCUAACAUCAAAUUAGUGCUAGAUACAUCCAUUCGAGAAACAAGCUUGGGACAAGCUUUUCCAGACGGAGGAAGUAUUUAUGUAAGUUGUUUCAUAGGUGCUAGGCUUUGGAUGGCAUCGGUUAAUAACCAAUACAGUCUUUCUAAAUCUCAGUCAACUGAGAUUUCAUUAUAUCUCAGUAGAUGCUAUAUUCAUAAGAUCUGACAUUGAGAUCCGUGCAUAUUUUUCUUUCUUCUUUCUUAAAUGUUAUGUCACUUGACUGAGACCUAGCCACACUCUAACCAGUAAUAUAUGGUUGUGUGCAUCACUCGAUGCAGAGGCCGAGAUUUAUUACCUUUUUUCAAGGAGAAAUAAAUAGAAACAUACUAAAAUAAGUUGGAGGACCAUGUAACGCUGGCCAUUCAAAAUGAAACACAUUGGCGUUAUUUUUCUAAAACACUCACGCAACUCAAAUAUACAGUCAUAGAGAGAUUACAAACUAAAUAUAUGUCAUAUAUUUAGUUUGUAGAUGCAAACUUGGAGAGCAAGUGAAAAGUUCUCCAUUAAUCUUGAUCAAUUACGUGUUUUUUACACAAAUAUAAUAGAGAUUACUUCCCCAUUCUAUUGGCUUUUCUUCUUUAUUUGUGCUACUAGAUGACCUGUUGUGCUAUUGACGCACAUACCAACUGCAACCCAGAAAGUAAGUGAAUUAUAUGAGGUAUUUUCCCUAAAUUGUCUACAACAUUGGAAUACGCUUGUAAUACUACGUUUAUACAGCUGUCCUUCGUGCUCGGCAUAAGCGUUAGGUUGGCGAAUGAUGCGCCAGGCCUCCGGCACGUCCUUGGUAACUCCUUCCAUUAGAUGUAGGCCAGGAUGGGCCCGAUCCAUGUUGGGAUAACCACGCGGUCUCGUAGCCACGUGACUGGUUGUGGCCUCUCAGUCAGAGAGGAGUGAUCCACCCGAAUUCACCCUGGUUUUGGAUGCUGUUGGGCUGGCCGGUUGGUUUGCUUACCUUGGUUCGCGGCCCUUCCAUGCUUCCUUGGUUGUUCGGUAUAAGGUUGUCAUGUGAUUCAUGGGUCAAAUUAGCGUCUAAUGGCGUGGUGGGCCGGCCAUUUCCCUGCUUCUGGUUUACCUCCUUUUGCUCGGCUCUUGCCCGGGUGGAAGCCUGGUCGUUCCGUAAGGUUGCCUUUCAGAUAUCAUUUACACGUGCCUAACUCUCUUCCUAUGAUUUGGCCCGCUACGUCAUCCACAAAGACAAAUUGCAGCCACGAAGCAAAUCAACUGUGAGGCCCGAUCUGCUACAACUACAACACAAUGCUAUGUAAUGGUAUGCCAAAUUAAUAUUGCACCAUGGCAUACCAUAGGGGGGCGUCUGGUUCCUCACACGCAAGCUGCGUUUCAUAAAAUCUUUCAUGAAGUCAUCGUUCGUCGGGGCAAUUGGUCAAGGAGCGUCACAUGACUACAUGCCGGCCAAGACUGCAAGCCGAACACACCCAAACAACUUUGAUAGACACGUCUGGGCUAGCUCUUGCCUCUUGGCCCGUAUAUGAUGACCUGGCAUGUGAUGAGACUCUUCCGCAUGGCUAUGUCAGCUUGAUACGGUUGCCAGAGGGCUUGUUGGGAAGUCAAUCGUCAGCCUGCUUUGAAUGGACAUCCAGGGUUUACCUACAUAAAGAACCUCGCACAGAUGGGUGUCCUAAGGGCGUGCUUUGGGAGGUGAGCCCGACCUUUGAU